ACCGGUUACUCCUGAUCGCGGUCUUUGAACUCUUUGUCUCAGCACGCUAAAAACUUUGCAAUUUGUGAGAGGUCUUUGAGUUACAGUUUAACAGGAGCAGCCAGGGCAUGAGAAGCGUUUCUCGUUGCGUGGUGAUCGUCUGUUAAAGCCUACAGGGAGUUCAGUGCACAAAUGAAUAUGGAGUGCAACGCGUGUGUUUUGGUGCGCGCUGUUGAGGAUGGUACUUAAAAAUAUAGUAGGCUCGAAACUUUGGUGAAAUAGUGGAGUAUUAGUUGAGGGAAGAGAGGAUGCUCGGCCAUUUUGCUUUACUGAAUCUUCACUGAGCCGGACAGCUUGGCUGUAAAAUAAAGAUAUGUUGGUUUCUUUUUCUUUGAAUGUCAUUAAAUGAUCUGUGAAAGUGCUUUGUUGGCUGUUUUUCUUUUAGAUUCCUGUUACUUUUCCAGUACAAAAUUGCGCUAGGGCUCUAGGAGGCAUGCAGAGUAAAACUGGCUGUAAAGAUAUGGAAGCAUUGCUUGGUAUUAUCAACCAGAAAUAUUUUGUGCUUUCUUCCCUUGGAGAUUAACUUAACUAAAGUCUGCCUUUGCAAGUGCUGGCAACUUUCUGGUGACCUUCAUAAUGAAGAUAAGACAACUGCCGGUGUCGCUGUUGAUGUUCUAUCCCUGAGGGGAGCUGUGAAACCAGCCAGCCUCUUGUUAACGUUGACCUUCUCAACCUCUGCAGCCAGCAGUGUCUGACUCUCCUAACAUAUGAUGCUAUGUGAAGUCCUAAUUAGAGUAUUUUAAAACAUCUUUCACUUGAUUGUUAGCUGUUGUCACUUAUAAUAAACUGAGUAUGAGUUUUUGAGAGAUCUGAAUUAGACCUGCUGUGGAAACAAGUACAUUUGCUUUCUGGCUCAUGUAUACAUAUUCUCGACCAUUCUGUUCUAGAGAACUGCAUCUCCUACUCAUUUUGCCCUUGGUAAAGUAGAAUCUAAUAGCGUCAGAUUGGGGAAAAUUAUGGUAUAGGGAGCAACUUUAAAGCUAUUGUCAUAGAGCAUUGUCAAGAAAAAUGAGUCUGCAAUAGCUUUCUUUUGCAAUUUCACUAUUCCUUCUGUGGAUCUAUCUUAAGUAAUUUUAUACAACUUUUUUUUUUGAGCUUAUUUAAUGGAAAAUAAAUUUAAUGUUAAUUUGUUGGUAGGAUGGAACAACUCAUUUUAGUUUUCAGACACGUUUAAGGGUUAAUUUUUGUGUAGCUUUCUUCAGAGGUUGAGGUGACUGCACAAAAAAUAUCAAGAUCAUGAUUAUUUUAUAAAUUAAUUGGAAAAAGCUAGCAAAAGUAAGGAGGACAUGAACUACUUGACUUGAAGGCCUCUGCCUGCUAUUGCUAUGAGGGUAGCAUGCAAAUGUUUUGAACUCUCUUUUUAGGCCAAAAGACUAUAAGCAACUUUUAACAGCAUAUAAAUAAUGCUAGGUGAAAGAAGUAAGAAACAAAUGCAACUAUCUUUUUUUCCUUUCCUAGCAAAAUCGAGUAGGAAACUUACCUUCCUAUAUUUAGCAAAUGAUGUCAUCCAGAACAGUAAGAGGAAAGGUCCUGAAUUUACUAGGGAAUUUGAAUCUGUUCUUGUGGAUGCUUUUUCUCAUGUCGCCAGAGAAGCAGAUGAGGGCUGCAAAAAGCCCUUGGAACGAUUGCUUAACAUCUGGCAAGAAAGGAGUGUGUAUGGCAGUGAGUUUAUACAACAAUUGAAACUUUCUAUGGAAGACUCCAAUAGCCCCCAAACUAAAGAGGAGAAGAAGUCUUUAAAGCGGACUUUUCAGCAAAUACAGGAGGAGGAAGAUGAUGAUUACCCCGGGAGCUACUCACCCCAAGACCCUAGUGCUGGGCCACUGCUGACUGAGGAUUUGAUCAAGGCCCUACAAGACUUGGAAAAUGCAGCAUCAGGAGAUGCAACGGUGCGGCAAAAAAUUGCCUCUCUGCCUCAGGAAGUUCAAGAUGUAUCAUUACUGGAGAAAAUUACAGACAAAGAGGCAGCAGAACGUCUUUCGAAGACUGUGGAUGAAGCAUGUCUGUUACUAGCAGAGUACAAUGGACGACUGGCAGCAGAGCUGGAAGACCGGCGCCAGCUGGCACGCAUGCUGAUUGAGUACACGCAGAAUCAGAAGGAUGUAUUGACAGAAAAAGAAAAAAAGCUAGAAGAAUAUAAACAGAAGCUUGCUCGGGUAACCCAGGUCCGCAAGGAGCUGAAAUCCCACAUCCAGAGCCUUCCAGAUCUGUCGCUGCUGCCCAAUGUUACAGGAGGUCUGGCACCUCUGCCGUCUGCUGGUGACCUGUUUUCAACAGACUAGAACAAAUGAUGUCCCCCAGUUUCCAUUAUUACCAGCAGAAGAAGACUCUGAUGUUGACUGGAAAUCCAGUCUUCCAAGAUCUACCGUAGGAAGGAACUUGCAGACCCUGCUUUCAACCUCUUGGCUGCUCAUGCUCACCCUCUCUCUGUGUACAGUGGCUCACGCUGAGGGGAGGAUAAAGAGUGAGUUUUUGCGAGAUCUAAAGGGAGUGGGGAUAGUCCAUAGGCAAACUUUUCUCACAUUUUUCCGUACUCUUUAGUUUCUGUUUGCUCUUAGCACUUGUUACCCCCACAAAAGUCAUGAGAAUCAUGUACAUAUAUACCUGGAAAGUUUUCAAACGAAGGUUGACCAUAUAAUAUUUUUUCUCUGUAAAAGUGUAUAUUAUUUCUGAAUCAGUCUUGUCUGUUUUAGUUGGGUUUCUGAACCUCAUAUCUGAGAACAGUAGUAAAGGCUAGUGGGCUUCCUAAGGAUGUGUAUGUGUGCAGGCACUGUACCAUGCCAAUGUAAGGAGAAGGUAUAGAAGGUAUCUGUUGAACGAUGGUACAGAGAAAUAGUUUCUUAAACCUACAGUUCCUUGUACUGUUUUAGGGCUGGUGUGAAGAUAGUUCCUAUUUGGCAUGUACAUAAAUUGAGACUCGCCACAGGCAAUAAAAAUAAACAGCUUUUCUUUGUGAAUUAGAGAUAGCUUCAUAAUUUACGCUCUGCUGAGCAAUGCAGAACUGGAUAUUAUUUAAACAAGAACAGAAGUAAAUUUUGUUCUAGCUACCUUAGAUUUAUACCACAUUUUUCCUCUGCAUUAUACAAAAGUAGAUGGUGACAGAAGCUUCAGUUUAACUAGCUGAGAGGUUGGAAUGGUGGAUUGCAACUGGUGAUAUCCCGGUGACAGGUACCGUCUGAUUUACUCUGAGGAAGUUACGUUGAAAAUAUUAUUCUAUAAAUUCUCUCUCUAGCUUUAGUGAAGCUAUUUGGUGGACAGAAGUUAAACGUGGUAUAAAUAUUUAUUUAUACAGAAAAUAGACGCAUAUUGUAUGCAGAUAUCCUGUAUGUACAUGUGCCAUGACCAUGCAUGUAGAUAUUAGAAGGAUGUACUUAAUUUUGUGUCACAGAUUAAUGUGAGUUGAUUUUAUUAUUGGGAAAAGUCAAAAAAACAAAUUUAAAAUACUCUCUAAUUCCCUGAUUCUGCUAGCUAAUGUUUUAACUGCCAUGGAUGUAAUUAGAUUUCGGUUUGUGUGUUAGGUUUAACAAGCUGGACUCUCUAAUAAUUAAAAACCAUUCCAAUUGGGCUAACGAUUCUGUUUAAAUUUAGCACCUCUCACUAUAAAAACAUCUUAAGUUUCUGGUAACACUUGAUCUGAUAAUUCAGGUUUCGUAACACAGAGGCUGAAAUUAGUCAGACAAAGCGAUGUGCUAUGUUUGUGCCUCCCCAUAGUCUUAAGCUGCUGUUGUCAAAGACGUGAGAGGAAACCUACAGAAAUGCAAAGCUUGUUCUGCAUUCUCAUUAAUUUAUUUUACAGGGUAUUCAGUAGCAUAUUCAACUUUCAGUUAAAUGAUACAGCAUUUUUGGUCAUUAAGUUGUUAAAAAGCUCAUGUGCUUUUCUUACUGACACUUCACUUUGUUCCCUCCCUUUUUAAAAAAAAAAAAAAGUAACAAAAAACAAAAAAAACAAACUUCUUGCACCCUUACUGCCCAGCCAAGAACUGUGCUUUUUUCCCUUUAGUUGACAGGAAAAUUUCAGUGGCAGAAGUACUUUUUCCAUGAAUUGGUGUGAAUCUGCAGCCCUUCAUGGUCCAAACAAUAUUUAGAUAAAGCACUGUACAUUCUCUCUGCUUUUGCCAAAAAUUAAAAAAAAAACAAAAAAACAAAAAAAAACUCAAACCCAAACCAAAAGAUCCAUUUCUAUCCUGUUUCAGCUCAUGGUGGUACCCUGAGGCUGUUUUAACCAGUAAUUAUUUUGACCAUUGAUUGAAUGUGUAUCCAUUAUAGGAGAAACGCUCUCAUCAAAAAAAUUAUGUAGACAAAUGUGUUGACAUCUCACACUGUUAUUUUGGUUAGAUCUUCUGUGAGAAAGCUGUAUGUCUUUUUUUUUUUUUAUUGAAAUGUUUUUUUUUUUCCAAAUAUACAUGUGUGUUUUAUUUUGCUUAAUUUAAAUGAAGUCUCGUUUUUAAUUUUAUUUACUUUACUUUUUGGGCAAAGGGCAUCUGGUGAACUGGGUGAAAUUCUCUCAAAGUUAAACAGAUUUCCCCAAGGUGUGUCUUUUUUUAACAAAAGCUUAAAUCUGUAUAUGAAUUGAUUUUAGGAAUUAAUUUAGAAGUAUAGGCUGCCAUUUGUGACAGCAGUAUAUUCUGAAAUGUCUCAUAGAUAUCUAUUUUUGAAUAAAGAGGGUGUCAUUGAA